AUGUCGUCCACCAGCAACGCCUCCAUUGACAAGUUCAACGGAGACAAUUACGCAACGUGGAGCCGUGACCCGACUUUCACCGACCCGCGAGCGUCCGAUGACUACGUCAAGGCAAGCAACGUCGCGUUUGGUAUGAUGCUGCUGCACAUGAACGCGGACUACCAUCAUGUGCUGGACAACUGCGAGGAAGCCUGGGUUGCGUGGACAAGUCUGAAGACGCUGUACGGUGGGGCGCAGAAGGCAGAGCACGCAUCUACCUCAAGCGACAACUUUCAGUAUCAAGUAUGGCUGAAAGCGCGGAACGUCAUGCAUCACUGCAACGAAGGUCCUCAACAUCUCCGCCAAGCUUAG